AUGGCCAAGAAUAAUUUCAUCAUAGUAACUGAGUUCAUCCUUAUGGGCUUUACUGGCUACCUUAACUUGGAGAUUCCCCUCUUCCUGGUGUUUCUGAGUUUCUAUCUAGUCACCCUUCUGGGGAAUAUAGGGAUGAUCAUUCUGAUCCAAGAGGAUGUCCAGCUCCACCCAAUGUACUUCCUUCUGAGUCACCUCUCCCUGCUAGACAUCUGCUACACCUCGGCCAUCACCCCUCAGAUCCUGGCCACACUCGCCACAGGCAAGACAGUCAUCUCCUAUGGCCAAUGUGCUUCCCAGUUCUUUUUCUUCACCAUUUGUGUAGGCACAGAGUGUUUCCUGCUGGCUGUGAUGGCCUAUGAUCACUAUGUGGCUAUUAGCAACCCACUGCUCUACACUGUGGUCAUGCAUCCCAGGAUCUGCUGGAGUUUAGUGCUGGGAGCCUAUGUUUAUGGGUUAGCGAGGUCCAUCCUGUAUACCAUGUGUACUUUCACCCUCUCCUUCUGUGAUAACAAUCAGAUCAACUUCUUGAAGCUUGCCUGCAGUGACACAAAAAACACUGAGAUUGUCAUUGUCUUCUUUGGCAACUUUGUGAUUUUGGCCAAUGCCUUGGUCAUCCUGAUUUCCUACCUGCUUAGCAUCAAGACCAUUUUGAGGGUGAACUCUUCGGGUGGCAGGGUUAAGGCUUUCUCCACGUGCUCCUCCCACCUCACUGCUGUGGCCAUUUUCUUUGGGACCCUCAUCUUCCUGUAUCUGCGGAAUGGUUCAGGCAAAUCCCUUGAGGAAGAUAAGGUGGUGUCUGUCUUCUACACUGUGGUCAUCCCCAUGCUGAGCCCUGUGAUAUACAGCCUGAGAAAUAAGGAUGUGAAAGCGGCCUUCAGAAAGGUCACUGGUAGAUUCCAAGUGUCACAGAGUGUGUAG